CCGAAAACAACGCGUCCUUAAAUGCAGCCGCCGGUGCUCGUGUGUGUGUGUGUGCGUGUGUUUAACGUGCGCGUGUGCGUGUGAUGCACAAGAAGAAGAGGAGUGAAGGGAGGCUGAGGCUGAGGCUGCUGCUGCAUGGAGCUCGGCACGGAACACCAGCGAGGAUCGAGGCGCGCUGUCCCGGGAGAACUCCUCUGAAGACCGGGAUGCUCCUGUAAAGCACCGGGGGCGCGCGGGCCGGUAUUUUCUCUUCUUCUCUCUUCUUUAAUCCGCGGCGUGGCGUUGGGGGCGGGGCCUGCAGCCGGGCGUCAUGGACGAGGACGCCAGCGAAGCGCACCUGACCUACCAGAACCUGCUGCUGCUGGGCGCCAUCGCCGCGGCGUCCGCCUUCGUGGUCACCAUCCUCAUCGUCCUCGUGUGCGUCGGCUGCCAGAGGAAGAGGAAGAGCAAACACCCAGCGGCCGGAGAGAAGGGGACGUCUGUGAAUAUGCAGGGUUCCCUCCGUCACCCCAAGCUGAGCUCUCUGAGUCAGUCGGACACGCAGCUCGAGAUCCACCGCUUCCCGUGUAACGGAACCGCUGUUAGUAAGAGUCGCCCGGCCAGCAUGGACCUCCUGCUCCUCCACAGUCGGCGCUCCCAGACCGACCUGAGGCCGUCCCUCGGCCGCCAGCUCCCCCAGAUCCCCACCAGGGAGGCUCGAGACCACACCUACACCGAGGUGGGCGUGCGGAACACCUCCGCCCCCCGCUGCCCCGACGACGGCCUGUAUGAGAGCGCCGAGGUCGGGGAAGGAGGCGCGGCCCCCAAGGGCCCCGCGGCCAACGGCACGCCGGCGUCGGUCCUAGCCGCCGCCCACAGCCCCGCCCCCUCCCGGGCCGACGGCGGGAACGGCGACCGAGGGAACGGCGCCACCAACGGGCCGACGGCGGGAAGGAGCACCGGGGCCACCGGGGCCCCUCGGUCUCCUGCCACCUCCCUGAGCGUCCAGGAGGCGACGCCCGCUGAGUACGCCACCCUACGCAAGUUCAGAAAGGUCGACAAGACCAGCAGGAAGGACAGCAGCGGCGCCGACAGUCAGUACGACAGCCAAUCGAGCGCGAGCGACUCGCCCUCCGCCGCUGCUCCUCCUCCUCCUCUUCCUCCCGCUCCUCCUCAUCGCAGCCAGGAGCCCUUCCACCUGCACUCCUUCCCAAAGGAGGCGGUGUUCAUGGGCAACGGGGAGCAGUACAUCUGGAAGCCACCGGAGGAGCAGCAGCAGGAGGAGGAGGAGGAGGAGGAGGAGGUGGUCGCCUUGCACCGGCCUCCACUGCGCACAGACAGCUUGAAGGGGCACCCGGCGCCGCCCACCGCCAAGGAGAUCGCAGACACCUACUCCAUCGUGUGCAAAUCCCAGAAGAAGAAGAAACCGCCGCCGGAGAACAACGGGUCCAAGACGCUGCCGCGCUCCUUCGGCGGCGCCGGCGCCCGGGGGCGGGGCCGGGGGGUCCAGCAGGGCCAGGCGCGCUCCCAGGAGGAGCCCGGCUACCAGCCGGUGGGGGACCGGCUCUGGAGCGCCGAGGCCGACCCGGCGGACGCCGCCAUCGACGGCCCCCGGGGGGAGCAGGCGGGAACCAAUAGCGUGGCGGCGGCGGCGGCGGCUGGGGGCGGUUCUGCCACCCUGAAGAGGAAGAAGCAGCAGCAGGCGGCACCUGGUCCCCCUCAGGGCUCCGGCCCCCCCGGCCCCCCGGUGAGGGAACACUUCUACGAGAGCAUCGGCGACGGGAAGAAAGGCGCCAGCAGCACCACCACCAUCUUCACCUUCAACGACGGGAUGGAGAUGUACGUCACCGGCCUGUAGCCGGGCGCACGUGCGGGGCGGGCCCAGAACCCACCGGAGUCCUCAAAGGGGCCCUCAUGGACCCUCCUGGACCCUCAUGGACCCUCCCGGACCCUCCUGGGCCCUCAUGGACCCUCAUGGACCCUCAUGGGCCCUCAAGGACCCUCAUGGAUCCUCCCGGACCCUCCUGGGCCCUCAUGGACCCUCAUGGACCCUCAUGGACCCUCAUGGACCCUCCCGGACC